AUGAGGACAUUUAUAGAACAGCUUGAUAUGGUAACACCCUUACAACCUAGAGAAGCUUUUUUCGGGGGUCGAACAGAAGCAUUUACACUUUACAAAGAAGCAAAUGAGGAAGAAACUAUCGACUAUUAUGAUGUAACAUCCCUCUACCCUUUUAUCAAUAAGACAGGAAAAAUUCCACUGGGUCACCCGAGAAUAAUUACAGAAAAUUUCGCGGAGAUUGACAAAUAUGAAGGGUUAAUCAAGUGUAAAGUUAUCCCACCGCGAGACUUAUUUAUACCUGUCCUGCCUUGUAAAAUGAACGGAAAGUUGCUAUUCUCUCUGUGCAAAAUAUGCGCUGAAUCGUAUCAACAGACUAAAUGUUUGCAUACGAACGAAGAAAGAGCUUUUAUAGGCACCUGGGUAACAGACGAAGUUAAAAAGGCCAUUGAUAAGGGAUACACUUUGGAUUGCAUUUAUGAAGUCUGGCAUUUCGAAAACAUCUCUCAAUAUGAUCCUGUUGCUAAAGAAGGGGGUCUCUUCACUGAAUAUGUAAACACAUUUCUUAAAGUCAAACAGGAGAAAAGUGGUUGGCCAAAAUGGUGUAAGACAGAAGAGCAAAAACAAACGUAUAUUGAACAAUAUUAUGAAAAAGAGGGGGUCCUACUUGAUUACAGUAAUAUAGAGAAAAACCCGGGAAUGCGCGCUUUAGCUAAACUUAUGCUCAAUUCAUUCUGGGGAAAAUUUGGUCAGAAAUUAAACAAAAAUCAAGUGGAGUUCAUUGAUGAACCAGCCCUAUACUUUGAAAAACUAACGAGUGAUAGAGAAGAAGUAACGGCUGUAAACUUUGUGUCUAAUGAAAUGGUAGAGAUUCGUUGGAAAUAUAAGGAUGAAUUUGUAGAGCCCACUGGGAAAACCAACGUGGUCAUUGCAGCCUAUACAACAGCUCAAGCUAGACUCAAAUUAUACUCUUACUUAGAAAAGCUAGGACCCCGAGCGUUGUACGCGGAUACCGAUUCUGUUGUAUUUACGUCAAAAGUAGGAGAUUGGAUGCCUUCCUUAGGCGAUUAUUUAGGUGACCUUACGGACGAAAUACAAGGAAACCAUAUCAAAACAUUUGUGGCUAGUGGACCAAAAAGUUAUGGGUAUCAAUUAGAAAAUCCUGAUGAGUCUGGUAAACAAACACACUGCAAAAUAAAAGGCAUCACUCUGAAUUUCAAAAAUCAAAUGUCAAUAAAUUUUGAAACAAUUAAGGACAUGAUUAUUGGCCCAUCGAAUCAGGUUGUGAUGGUGACAGAUUCUCAAAAAAUAUGCCGAGACCGUGACCAAGCUAGACUUUUAACGAUGACGCAAAAGAAAAAACAUAGGAUUGUGUUUGAUAAGAGAGUGAGAGAUGGAUGUAUAUCUUACCCGUAUGGAUAUUGA